AUGAAGCUGAAGGAACUUGAGUGGCCAGCUGUCCCAGUGUGGAGCCCAGCUAGCCACUACUGUGUUUUCUUGUGCCUAGGAACAUCUGCCCAGCAGCUAGAUGCCUCCUUUAGUACAGAUGGCACAUUGGAAAUCUUUGAGGUUGAUUUCAGGGACCCCUCUCUGGACUUGAAAUGCAAGGGAGUCCUUUCUCCCUCCAGCAGGUUUCACAAGCUGAUCUGGGGGAGCUUUGGCAACGGGCUUCUGGAAGGCUCCGGGGUUAUUGCAGGCGGCAGGGAUGAUGGCAUGCUUACUCUAUACAAUGUGACCCACAUCCUGUCUUCGGGAAAGGAGCCUGUGAUUACCCAGAUGCAGAAGCACACGGGGGCUGUCAGAGCCCUUGACUUUAAUCCGUUCCAGGGCAACCUCCUGGCCUCAGGGGCCAAUGAUUCAGAAAUCUUCAUUUGGGAUUUGAAUAACCUGAGUGUGCCAAUGACCCCAGGAUCCAAGUCACAGCAGCCCCCAGAAGACAUCAAGGCACUCUCUUGGAACCGUCAGGUUCAACACAUUCUGCCUUCUGCUCACCCCAGCGGCAAGGCAGUCGUGUGGGAUCUCAGGAAGAAUGAACCUAUCAUCAAAGUCAGUGAUCACAGCAACAGGAUGCACUGCUCAGGCCUGGCCUGGCACCCAGACAUGGCCACCCAGUUGGUGCUAUGUUCAGAAGAUGAUCGUCUUCCAGUAAUUCAUCUGUGGGACUUGUGCUUUGCCUCCUCACCCCUGAAGGUGCUGGAGAGUCACAGCAGGGGGAUCCUGUCAGUGUCAUGGAGUCAGGCUGACGCUGAGCUAUUGCUCAGUAGUGCCAAGGACAACCAGAUCUUGUGCUGGAAACUGGAGAGCAGCGAGGUGGUGUAUAAGCUACCCACUGAUGCGCAGUGGUGCCCUUGGGACCCUCCAGUGUUCUCUGCUGCCUCCUUCGACGGCUGGAUCAGUUUAUACUCUGUGAUGGGUAGGAGCUGGGAAGUCCAGCAGAUGAGACAGGCUGACAAGAUCUCUUCUUCCUUUAGCAAAGUUCAGCAUCUCCCACCAUUGCAGGUGCCAGAGCAAGUGGCCCAAGCACCGUUGAUAUCUCCCCGAAAAAAACCCGAAUGGAUGAGAAGACCAGCAGGUGUCUCAUUUGCUUUUGGGGGGAAGCUGGUUACCUUUGGCCUCCUCAGCACCCCUGCCCAUCAGGUGCCACAGCCUUGCCUCCGCCUAGUCUUCAUCAGUCAGGUCACCACAGAACCUGAAUUCCUCAUGCUGCGGUCAGCUGAGCUGCAGAAGGGCCUGGGAUCAGGAAAUCUCCUGAAUUACUGUCAGAACAAGAUCCAGCAAGCAUCACUGCAAAGCGAAAAGAUGCUCUGGCAGUUCUUGAAAGUGGCCUUAGAGAAGGACUCCAGAAUGAAAUUCCUAAAACUAUUAGGAUACAAUAAAGAUGAACUUCAGAAGAAGGUGGCCACAUGGUUGAAGAGUGAUUUGGGGCUGGGUGAGAGCCCUCGGCCCAAGGGAGUUGACCUCAACAGUAACAGACAACAGGCCUUUUGCAUUCAGGUGCGGAGGAGGAGGAGCACAGGGAAUCUGUGCCAUUUAAGAAGUUUCUGUCUCUCUACAGACAUGCUGGGAACUCACAUGGAGCAGGAGGGUGGCAGGGCACUAACUUCUGAAGCCAGACUCUGUUACGUGUGCUCAGGAAGUGUGGAGUGGCUGGUGGAGUGCUGGGCAAAAUGCCCCCGGGCUUCAUCCCCCAUGGCUCUACAGGACCUGAUGGAGAAGGUGAUGGUCCCUAAUAGGAGCUUGAAGCUACUGCGGGGUGCUGAUGGGGUGAGCCCAGGCCCUGCCACAACCUACAGAAUCGCUCAGUAUGCCAACCUCCUGGCAGCCCAGGGCAGCCUGGUCACUGCCAUGAGCUACCUACCCAGUGACAGUGCUCAGCCACCAAUUCAGCAGCUGAGAGAUUGGCUUUUUCAUGCCCAGGGUUCUGGUGUCUUGGGCCAGCAGUCUCCCCCUUUCCCCUUUCCCCGGGUUAUUGUGGGAGCUGCUCCCCACUCUCAAGAGACAUCAUCUCCCAGACUGGGAUUCCAGUCUUCUCACCAAGUUCCAUCUCCAUCUCUAAGGCCAAGGAUUUUUACACCUCCGUCAUCACUUGUGAUGCCCUUGACACCUUCCCGUCCUAGCCCUUAUCAGGGCUCCAGAAUGCAGAAUACAAGUGACUACAGGCCAUCUGGGUUCCAGGAAGCCCAGUCUUUGCGUGGUCCCUGGGUAAGGCCUGCUUUAUCUCAGCCGCGGCUGUCAGGAGGGCAAAGGGUGCAAGCUCCUAACCCCGUGGGAUUCCCUGGAACAUGGCCUCUUCCUGGUCCACCCACGGCACCCCCAGACAUUAUGCAGGCUGGUUCUGCCUCCCUGCCUGAGACUCCUCGACGGCUCCCUCUGCUUCCUGUGAGAGCACCAGGCUUCAACCCUAUGAGCUCCCAGCCGCCAGCCCCUCCUGUCACCUUCUCUGCAGCACACCCUCCAGGAGGGCCAGGUGCUCCAUGCGCCGAUACCUUCCCAACCACUGGCAUCUUGACUCCUCAGCCAGGACCUCAAGAUUCCUUGGAAAAUGCUCCAGUGCCCAGGGGAAACCUCCAGAGGAAAGAGUUGCCAGAGACAUUCAUGCCCCCAGCACCAAUUACUGCUCCAGUUAUGUGCCUCACCCCUGAGCCACGAGGGGUCCUUUCCUCACAGCCUGCUGUCCCCAGUGUGAGUCAUGCUCCCCCUGGAGCCCCAGGAGAACUUAGCCUGUAGGUGACAGGAAUGCCACCUGCGAAGAUGGACAGGAAGGAGCUGCCCCCUGAACAUCAGUCCUUGAAUAUCAGCUUUGAGGCGCUUCUGCAGCGCUGCUCCCUGUCUGCCACUGACAUAAAGACAAAACGGAAGCUGGAUGAAGCAGCCCAGCGUCUAGAAUGUCUAUAUGAGAAGCUCUGCGAAGAGACACUCUCGCCUCCUGUCCUGGCUGGGCUCCACGAGGUUGCCCAAUGUGUGGACGCAGGACGCUUUGAGCGGGGCCUCGCUGUGCAUGCUCAGGUGGUGAGCUGCAGCAGCUUCAGCGAGGUCUCCAGUUUCAUGCCUGUCCUGAAGUCCGUCCUCACCAUCGCUUAUAAGCUACACAUCUAGACCAGGCAGCUCCUCUUGCCAGGAGGCCACUUCUACUUUACUUAACUCCUUCCUGCAGGAAAGGGGAAUUUCGGAACAGAUUCCGUUUGUUUUUCCUAGCCCUCUUCCCUUGCUGCCAGGUAUAUGAUGCUGUAGGCUUGGCUCCAAACAGGCAGAGUGCCUGCUCUCCACCCCUUUAUGCGUGGCCCUCUGGGAUCUGCUCAGGGCUCUCUCAGCCUGUUCUUCUUCACCUUCCCUAAAACUGUACUCCAACAGGGCCUGGUGCAGUGUGUCUUCUCCCCCAGGGAUAUUCUAAGUGGCUUCUGAGAGGGUGAGCAGGAUCGUUACUUCCAAGUCUACCUCGACUGUACCCAUCUUGUGGGUCUUUUGUCUUUCCCCUUCUGUGGGUUAUGAGCCUGACUUUACCUUUUCCUUGCCUCUGACUUCAUAUUUCCAGGUUCAUACUUCUCUGAGCCACAGAGGCUGGGGUAGAGUUGACUGCCGUUCACCCUUUGAACAAGUCAUACACGUGAGGGAUGGGUGCUGAGCACAACGAAGAGAAGGAACUCAGACCCUUUUCAGAAGGGACCUCUCAACUGCCAGCAUUGUUAAGGGUGGGCUAGGUGAGGUGGAGGGUGGAUGGGAUACCUUUUGCUGAGAGCUGUCUUAGGCUAUGGGAUAGGAGCAGAGGGACCACUACCUGUGUGGAGUGGCCCCUGACUCAGCCUGCCUGAUCCCUGGCCCAAGGCCUAGACCACUCAUUCUGUGAUUAGAAGCCAUAUUAAUGAAAGAGUCUUCUAGCACUGUUCUUCAAGGCUUGGAGGCCCUCUUCCCCCAGCCCCACACUUCUCAGGGCUGCCUUCUCUGGCUGCGCUUUCAUCAUUGGACUCUG